GAUUGCUCUUCCAUUUUCUUAAUUGUUGUGACCAUUUAAUUAGAUUAUUUAGUCACUUGGACGCUUGUUCGAUUUUCAACUCUUGCUUCAUCUUUGUGUGUCUGUUUUUUUUUCUUUGUCUCUCUUUGUUUGGUUUUUUGGUUGUUCUUCAAUUCAAUUUAAUCUCUUUUGUUAAUCAUGGCUUUUAGAGUUCAAUUUGAAUCUAAUGAUGAGGUUGGUGUUUUCGCCAAAUUAACUAAUAGUUAUUGUUUGGUUGCCAUUGGUGGGUCACAGAAUUUUUAUUCCAUCUUUGAAGCUGAAUUAAGUGAUAUCAUUCCAGUAAUCCAUUCAUCUAUUGGUGGUUGUAGGAUUGUUGGUAGAUUAACUGUUGGUAAUCGACAUGGACUUUUGGUUCCUAAUACGACAACCGAUCAAGAAUUACAACAUUUAAGAAAUUCUCUUCCCGAUUCUGUUAAAAUUCAACGGGUUGAGGAAAGACUUUCAGCUCUUGGUAAUGUUAUCGCUUGUAAUGAUUAUGUUGCUCUGGUUCACCCUGAUCUUGAUAAGGAUACACAAGAAAUUCUGGUUGACACUUUAAAGGUUGAAGUUUUCAAACAAACAAUUGCUGAUCAAGUUCUAGUUGGAAGUUAUUGUGCUCUCUCCAAUCAAGGUGGACUUGUACAUCCAAAGACCAACAUUGAACACAUGAAUGAACUAUCAACACUCCUACAAUUACCUCUUGUCGCUGGAACAGUUAAUCGUGGUUCCGAUGUUAUCGGCGGCGGAAUGGUUGUCAAUGAUUGGAGUGCUUUCUGUGGAUUUGAUACAACGGCGACUGAAUUAUCACUGAUUGAGAACAUAUUUAAACUAAACGAAGCAGCCGGACCCAGUUUAAUACAACAGAAUAUGCGACAAUCAUUAAUUGAGAAACUUGUUUAAAUUUACCAAUGAUCGAGAAAACAAAUUAAAAAUGGAAUCGCAAUUUUGCCAGUGAAAAGCAAAUCAACAAAACAAUUCUAAUUAACUGAAAAAGACAUAAUGUAAACUAAUCAACCCAAUACCUGAUACAUUACCUGUAACAAUCAGUAAUGAUUUAUAUGGUUUAUAUAUUAUAUUAUAUCAUAAAAAUCUGA